AAUGUUCUAAAUGACGACAGGCUCAUUAGAUUGCAAUAUAUUGGUUUGUUUGCUACUGAUCUGUUAAACACAUUUUAUGGCAACUCGAACAUACCGCCUACCCAUCCCCCUAAGCCCACAAACCAGAGAAUCCUGCAAGCACAUAGUCAACAACUGUCUCCUUUAGCAAGAUAUACAUGCAAUGCAUUAAAAAAUCUUCCUCCUAAAACCUGUCAAGUGACACCUCACUCAUUGCUGCCACAGUAUAUGCAAAAAGAACAUUCGUCAACCAUCACACUCAACGUUAACACACCCGCCUUGUUCCCCAAGACCCCCUGCAAUCACCAAUGAGGCCUGAAUCUUCGAGCAGUAUAAUUCUCUGCUAUGGCGCAUUCAGGAGAAAACGCCGAAAUACAGAGAACACAAAUUGAAUUGCUUCAAAGAAUGACCAUUCCAGUUCCAAAGCCUCCAGUAUUCGAUGGAAACAUCUCAAGAGUACCCAAAGUGGAAAAACACCCUUGAUGCCCAGACAGAAGAUCAAGUCGUUAUUCCAACAUACCAGCUUUUUUAUCUUGGCGAAUACUCCAACAGAGCAGCACAAAAAGACAUCAGCGACCUGUUAGGAUUACGGACAAAAGAUGCCUAUAUGCUUAUAUGA